AUGACGAAUCUCGACGUGCUGCUACUCAAAGGGGCUUCCUCAGACAACCCAGAAGAAAGUCUGCGCGAACUGCGCUAUGCCAUUCUCACGGAUGGCAUUCCCGCCAAUAGUGACGGCAUGUCCGAACUGCGCAUCUACGUCUGGCUCAUCCUGCUCAAUGCCUCUCCCCUCCGAACCGACGUCUAUCUUGACCUGAUCCGCCAAGGUGCCUCUCCCGCCCACGCCAAAAUCACAAACGACACCUUCCGCACCUUCCAAGGCGACCCCCUUUUCCGCCGCCGCGUGACCCAGAAUAGCAUAACUCGAGUCCUCAAUGCGGUCGCCUGGCGCCUCAACGAUGCGCACGAAGCGCGCGUCAACGGCUGGCAGUCACCGCCUACGCUCAGCGAGUUUGGGGGCAGUCCAGACACGAGCUUCAUGAGCAGGACGAACGGCACGAGGACUGAAGCCAGCACGACAAAUGAUGCCGAACAGAUUGGUUAUGUGCAGGGCAUGAACGUGCUUUGUGGACCGUUCCUCUACGCGUCCCGGAGUGAGGUUGAAGCCUUCACUGGCUUCGAGAAACUCAUUACCUCAGAGUGUCCUGGAUAUGUGAGGGGCAGCAUGGAGGGUGUACACAAAGGUCUCGCGCUCGUGGAUCGCGUGUUGGAGGUUGUGGACCAAAAGCUCUAUGCGCAUCUCAUGGCGCAUCGCAUGGAGGCGAGGAUCUGGGCGUUCGCUUCAGUCCUGACCAUGUGUGCGUGCACUCCGCCCCUGACGGAGGUCCUGAGGCUUUGGGACUUCCUGUUCGCGUACGGACCGCAUUUGAACAUUCUGUGUAUUGUGGCGCAGCUUGUGCUUAUUAGGACGAGCAUUUUGGAGAGUCCGAGUCUGCCAAACCUCGUUGCAAAGGACAUCAUUGGCGUUGCUAUGAGCUUCGCCGGUAAGAUCCCCGAGGACAUGUAUGCCGAGAUCAUCAACCACGCCAAAUAG